GAGAGAGAGAGAGAGAGAGAGAGAGAGAGAGAGAGAGAGAGAGAGAGAGAGAGAGAGAGAGAGAGAGAACUAGACUCAGAUAGGUAGUAUUUCAGCUUUGGAUCAAUCAGGAAUCGUGGGAACAGAAUUUGGAGCCGAGGACUGACAACCCGGUGGGAGAUCGAGGGAGCAAAAACAGCAGCCUGCUAUUAUAGGAAGAAUUAUGAUAAGUCUGUGGGAGUGCAAACAAAAACACAGCGCUAGCUAGCUAUGAGCACCGGUGAACAAAUGUCAAGCCUGCGUUUCACUGUGGAUUGUGUCGGUCACCUCGCUGUGAAGCUUCGCUAACUGCAGCAUUUGUGAGACAAUCACAAUAUAAACAAACAGUAGCGCAGUAAUUCUGCUGUGUUUAGAUUAGGGAUCAGGUGUUGGUGUUGGUAUGGUCAUGUCAAUAUUAAUAUCGCGCUGAAUUCUAAAGAAUACGUGUAUUUAUAGAAAAUAAAAAUGAACAGCAUUAGCCAAGAUGGGUAGGUAGUUCUUGUUGUCUCUGGAUGCCUUUGUAGACAAAUCGGAUUAGCUUCAAAACUAUUUUGAACUAGCAGCUAACGAGUCUCAAGCAAAAACUAGCUAAGCUAGUGGCUAAGAGUUAGCUAGGUCGCUAGCUUAGCGCUUCGUUCGGGUUUUGCCUGAACCGUGAAACCAUAUACGAGUAAAUUUAAGUGAAGAAAUUUGACUAGUUGUUGUAAGUUGUCAGCGUUUACAUCGAUGAUAAACAGGCGUAUUGUUACAGUAAAAGCGUAUUUCGUUUUCACCGGUCGCUUGUUGAUUAGCUUGUCAUUAGCUAGCUAGGUUUGCUAGCCGGCAUCAGAGUAGCUCAGCUGGUUUCGGGGUAAGAACAUAAAGGGGUCGUAGUAAAGAAAGGGAAAAAACUUAACUUCUGCACACUUUGAAAACAGUUUUAUCGUUUUUUUAAACAUGUAUCGCAACAUUAGCUACUCAAUGUCAUAAUGUCAGUAUAAAGAAAUACAUGGAGUUUUCAGUGGACCAGUUUGUGCCUUGCAAAAAAACAACAGUCAAGGUCCAACAAACAGAAACUCGGAUCCACUGACACACGACUGGAGUUUAAAUGUCUAGGUGAUCAGAAACGUCAGUGCUGUUUGGAGGAUAGUUGUAGUCUUUGAGCUGUACUUUAGUUCUGCAUCUUACACAUCAAUGUUUAUUUUUUCGUGCCCUCGUGCUUUUUGGAUAUCUUUACGAAUCGGUCCUGAUUUCGAAAUCUUAAAAAGUGUGAACACAUUCCGAAAAACAUGGAAUUACUUUCUUUGACGAUGCCUAAAACUCAUCUCUGACUGGUAGGAGUGAAUGGAGGUAGUUUUGAUGCACCGUGUGUGUUGUCAUCGUAAACAGGCCUCAAAAAAGAAGUGUGCUUCUAGUUGAGAGACUUUAAGGCGAGUUGCUCCUUGCUGUGUUUUGAUUCACUUCAGUCCCCCUCCCCCAAGCUGCAAGUUGCCCCAGUGGAAGUGUUCUUCUUGCCCAUGCACUCAGCCUGCACUCUGUGUGUCAGCUGUGCAAGCUGAACUGUCCUGCCUGAGCUGCAACUCACUCCAAGGCUUCAGCUUGUUUUUUUUUUUUCCUCACCCUCACCUCCAACCAAUGUGAUGGAACUGAUGUUUGCAGAGUGGGAAGACGGAGAGAGGUUCUCCUUCGAGGACUCAGACCGCUUUGAGGAAGAUUCUCUUUGCUCCUUCAUCUCAGAAGCAGAGAGCCUGUGUCAGAAUUGGAGAGGAUGGAGAAAACAGUCAGCUGGUCCGAACUCACCUACUGUUAAGAUUAAAGAUGGACAGGUCAUCCCUCUUGUAGAGCUGUCAGCCAAGCAAGUGGCAUUCCAUAUCCCGUUUGAGGUGGUGGAGAAGGUUUAUCCUCCUGUUCCAGAGCAGCUUCAACUUCGCAUCGCCUACUGGAGCUUUCCUGAAAAUGAGGAGGAUAUCAGGUUGUAUUCCUGCUUGGCCAAUGGGAGCCCUGAUGAGUUCCAGCGUGGAGAGCAACUCUAUCGGGUGAGAGCUGUGAAAGAUCCCCUGCAGAUAGGUUUCCAUCUCAGUGCCACUGUCCUCUCACCCCAACCUGGCCAGUCAAAGGGUGCCUACAAUGUGGCAGUCAUGUUUGACCGUUGUCGCAUCACUUCCUGUAGCUGCACCUGUGGCGCUGGGGCCAAAUGGUGCGCUCACGUGGUGGCGCUCUGCCUCUUCAGGAUUCAUAAUGCUUCUGCUGUGUGCUUGCGAGCUCCCGUAUCUGAGUCCCUGUCCAGACUGCAGAGGGACCAACUGCAGAAGUUCGCACAGUAUCUCAUUAGUGAGCUUCCACAGCAGAUCUUGCCCACAGCCCAGCGUCUUUUAGAUGAACUUUUGUCCUCACAGUCCACUGCGAUCAACACAGUAUGUGGAGCUCCAGACCCUACUGCUGGGCCUUCGGCUUCAGACCAAAGCACCUGGUACCUCGAUGAAUCCACCCUCAGUGACAACAUUAAGAAGACACUGCACAAGUUCUGUGGCCCUUCCCCUGUAGUGUUCAGUGACGUGAACUCCAUGUAUCUGUCAUCCACUGAGCCCCCAGCUGCAGCAGAGUGGGCCUGCUUACUGAGGCCACUGAGGGGCAGAGAGCCUGAGGGUAUCUGGAACCUUCUGUCCAUCGUCAGGGAGAUGUUCAAGAGGAGAGACAGCAAUGCAGCACCACUCCUGGAAAUCCUCACUGAACAGUGCCUCACCUAUGAACAAAUCAUCGGUUGGUGGUACAAUGUGCGGACAUCUGCGUCUCACAGCAGUGCCAGUGGACAUACAGGCCGCAGUAAUGGGCAGACAGAGGUAGCCGCCCACGCCUGUGCCAGCAUGUGUGAUGAAAUGGUGGUGCUCUGGAGGCUGGCUGUGCUUGACCCCACUAUGAGCCCUCAGAGGCGUUUAGAACUUGCUGCUCAACUCAAGCAGUGGCACCUUAAAGUGAUUGAGAUUGUGAAACGGGGACAGCAUCGCAAGUCACUGGACAAACUCUUCCAGGGUUUUAAACCAGCAGUUGAGUCUUGCUACUUCAACUGGGAAGUGGCAUAUCCUCUGCCUGGCAUCACCUACUGCAGUACAGACAAAAAGAGCGCUUCCUUUGGCUGGGCACGGGCUGUGCAGCCACAGAGAGGGCCCAAAGUAGGGACGAGCGGGGAACCUCUGGAGCCUGGCGGAGGAGGAGGUGGACGUGGUGGGGGGUCUGAAUCUGGAGCUCCUGAGCACAAAAUGCGUGUCUCCCACCCACCACAGCAAGAGGUGGCUGUGCGGCCCAAAGAAACCAUUGUGAGCAAAAGAAAAGCCAUGUCUGGAGUAAACAGUGGAGGGAUGUUAGUACGUUUAGGUGGGGGUAUGUCUCUAUCCUUAGAUGAAAGUGCAAAAGGUGCAUAUAAAGCUUACAGCUCUUCAUUGUCUACUAGCAGCAAAGGCAAACUAAUGCAGAGUGGCAAGAGUUCAUGUGGAAGUUCAAAUGCUGCUGGUGGGAAGCAUCCAAGUGCUAAACGCCGCACUAGCAGUGAAGACAGUUCUUUGGAGCCUGAUAUGGCUGAGCUGAGCCUGGAUGAUGGCUCUAGUCUAGCAUUGGGAGCAGAGGCGAGCAACACGUUUGAAUUUUUGCCCCCGCCUCCUGAGAUGCUACCCUCACCCAGCUCUCUGCUCAGAGAACCACCACGCAAGUACAACAACGGUAGCGGUGGUGGUGGCAACAUCACCAAGGAGCGAACAUUUGAGGGUAAACGUGGCAUCCAUGCUGCAAUACCACUGGUAGCUGAAGCCCCUCACUGCUUCCCUAAAGAAAGCCCAAUGGUUGCCAUGGCAGUAGCAGUAGAAAAAGAGGUGGAUGUAGAGGCAGAGCUUGAAGAAAAUGGAGGAGAUGAAGAUCGAGUAGAGGAUGCUCUGCCAUCUAUAUCAGCAAUGGUUACAGCUAAACCUUCUCGAAGCAGAAGAGAGGGAGAAGGAAGCAACUCAGCAGUGAUGCCUGGACCACAGAUCCCAGAGGCAGCAGCUGGCGGAGACCCAGUUGGUGAGGACGAUUACCAGGCCUACUAUCUCAGUGCAGCCUCUGAGGAAGGAGCUGAGAGAGGAGUGCCUGACAGCAACCUAGAGGAAGAACCAGAUAUCUUUGCUGGAAUCAAACCUCUGGAGCAGGAAGGUCGGAUGGAGGUGCUGUUUGCCUGUGCAGAGGCUCUGUAUGCUCAUGGUUAUAGUAAUGAAGCAUGUCGUCUGGCUGUGGAGCUGGCGAGAGAUCUCCUGGCCAACCCUCCUGACCUCAAAGUGGAACAGCCACAGACAAAGGGCAAGAAGAGUAAGGUGUCGACGAGCAGACAGACACAAGUGGCUACCAAAGCCCUUUCCAAGGCAGCGUUCCUGCUCACAGUGCUGAGUGAGAGAUUGGAGUUUCAUAACCUAGCGUUCAGCACUGGUAUGUUCUCAUUGGAGCUCCAGAGACCUCCAGCUUCCACCAAGGCCCUGGAGGUGAAGCUGGCAUAUCAGGAGUCAGAGGUGGUUGCUUUGCUGAAGAAGAUUCCUCUGGGACUUGUGGAGAUGACCGCUAUAAGGGAUAGAGCUGAACAGUUACGUGACGGAAACUUCUGCGAUUAUCGGCCAGUUCUGCCCCUAAUGCUGGCCAGUUUUAUUUUUGAUGUUUUGUGCACUCCAGUGGUUUCUCCUACGGGUUCACGGCCACCCAGUCGUAACCGUAACAAUGAGAUGCCAGGUGAUGAGGAGCUGGGCUUUGAGGCUGCUGUUGCUGCUUUAGGUAUGAAGACUACAGUUAGUGAAGCAGAGCACCCUUUGCUCUGUGAAGGCACUAGAAGGGAGAAAGGAGACCUCGCUUUGGCUCUUAUGAUCACCUACAAGGAUGACCAGAGCAAGCUGAAAAAGAUUUUAGACAAGCUUCUUGACCGUGAGAGUCAGACUCAUAAGCCCCAGACUCUCAGCUCAUUCUACUCCAGUAAACCAGCAACAGGUAGCCAGAAGAGUCCAUCUAAACAUGCGACUCAUGGAAGCAGUGCCACGGGAAGUGUGUCUAAACAUGCAGCGCCAGCUACGUCAGGAGGCUCCACCUCUGUGCAAGGUGCCUCAGGUGGUGGCGUGGCUGGGCAGCAGGGUGGGCUGACGGGCUCUGGGGUUCAGGGCACGGCAUCGGGAGAGGCAGCCAACGAGAGCCGAGAGCAAGAUGGAGCUCAGUCUUCCUCGUGUGAGCAGCAGAAUGAGGUGGCUUCUUUUAAGCCUGAGGGCACGGUGCCCAGCCGCCUGGCACUAGGUGGCCGUGGAGCCUAUGGAUCACGCUGCUGGGGUUCACCUGUACGGCAGAAAAAGAAGCACACUGGGAUGGCGAGCAUCGACAGCAGCGCUCCUGAGACCACCUCUGACAGUUCCCCCACACUCAGUCGUCGUCCUUUGAGGGGUGGAUGGGCAGCGUCGUCUUGGGGAAGGGGUCAAGACAGUGACAGCAUCAGCAGUUCGUCUUCUGAUUCGUUGGGCUCCUCGUCAUCCAGCGGGUCACGCAGAGCUGGAGGAGGAGCCAGAGCUAAGAGCACUGACACCAGCAGGUAUAAAGGGCGUCGCCCUGAAUGCCACGCUCCUCAUGUGCCCAACCAGCCAUCAGAAGCGGCAGCUCACUUCUACUUUGAACUGGCCAAGACUGUGCUGGUGAAGGCUGGAGGAAACAGUUCAACCUCCAUCUUUACUCAGCCUUCCGCCAGUGGGGGCCACCAGGGGCCUCACCGCAACCUGCACCUGUGUGCCUUCGAGAUUGGCCUGUAUGCCUUAGGCCUGCACAACUUUGUUUCUCCCAACUGGCUGUCUAGGACCUAUUCAUCUCAUGUGUCCUGGAUCACAGGCCAAGCUAUGGAGAUUGGCAGUGCAGCUCUUAAUAUCCUUGUGGAGUGUUGGGACGGUCAUCUCACCCCUCCGGAGGUGGCGUCACUGGCAGAUCGGGCAUCACGGGCCCGUGAUCCCAACAUGGUACGAGCUGCAGCUGAACUUGCACUGAGCUGUCUACCUCAUGCUCAUGCCCUAAACCCCAACGAAAUCCAGAGGGCACUGGUGCAGUGCAAAGAGCAGGAUAACGUGAUGCUGGAGAAGGCAUGCAUGGCAGUAGAGGAGGCAGCGAAGGGAGGAGGUGUGUAUCCUGAGGUACUCUUUGAGGUGGCUCAUCAGUGGUACUGGCUGUAUGAACAGACAGUGGGUGGAGUCUCUGCAGCACAGAGGGAGGGGCCAAACCGGUGCGGCGCAAACGGUGGAACGGCUCGGAGACCUCCAGAAGGGAACUGCGGUGUGUUGGAGAGCUCUGUAGUCAUGGACUCGGCCGGCUUAGCAGCUGUUACUGCAUCGGUCAGCACAGCUGCUGUUGUGCCAGUCAUAUCAGUGGGAUCUACCCUCUACCAGUCACACACACUGCCGGGCACAGCCAUGGCACACACGGCAGGUCUGCACCCCUAUACCACUAUCCAAGCCCAUCUGCCUACUGUCUGCACCCAGCAGUAUCUGGGCCAUCAACUUCAGCAUGUCCCGCGACCUGCUGUCUUCCCUGUGUCUAGUUCUGCAUAUCCACAGGUGUCUCUUACAGGUGUAAAUGUAAUUGAGUUGGCUUCCUGUGCUCUCUCUCAGGGAAUGCAUCCUGCCUUUAUUGGUGCACAAUACCCAUUCUCUGUAGCCUCUGGGCCUCAUCCGCCCAUGGCAGCAACUGCAGUUACCUUCCCCGGAGUCCCCGUACCAUCCAUGACUCAGAUUGCUGUCCACCCCUACCACACUGCUGAGGCAGGGUUACCCCUCAGCACUACUGUGGCAGGUGAGAGGAGAGAGAUGGGUGGGGUUCACUCAGGCACCACCAUCCAGGCCAUUCAGGGGACAUCGCUUCCUGGUCUGUCUUCUCAGCCACCUUCUUUGGUCAGUGCUCCCUUUCCCAUGGAAGACGAGCAGCACAGUCAGCCUGUCAGCCAGCAGGGGCUGCACUAUCUGCACUCAGCCUACAGAGUUGGUAUGCUGGCACUGGAGAUGCUGGGUAGGAGAGCUCACAAUGACCAUCCUAACAACUUCUCCCGCAGCCCUCCGUACACAGAGGACGUGAAAUGGCUGCUAGGCCUUGCUGCAAGACUGGGUGUGAAUUAUGUCUAUCAGUUCUGCGUGGGGGCUGCCAAAGGUGUGCUGAGUCCAUUCGUGCUGCAGGAGAUCAUUAUGGAGGCUCUGCAAAGGCUGAAUCCUGCACACAUUCACGCCCACCUCCGCACUCCUGCCUUCCACCAGCUCGUACAGCGCUGCCAGCAAGCCUACCUGCAGUACAUCAACUAUCGGCUGAUCCACCUGACCCCGGCAGACUACGAUGACUUUGUCAACAUAAUUCGAAGUGCCCGCGGGGCAUUCUGUCUCACCCCCAUGGGAAUGAUGCAGUUCAACGAUGUUCUGCAGACCCUCAAGAGAGGGAAGCAGACCAAGGAGCUGUGGCAGCGAAUCUCGCUGGAGAUGGCAACGUUUUCACCCUGAAUGCUCCACCACCAGCAGGCACUGACUGACUGAACUGCAGCUCGCCCGAGAGCUCAGCCCAAGCCUAGUGUGAACCACAGCGCCCCAUGCAGAGCCCGAACCCAUCACUGGCAGCACAAUCUGUCCUCCUCUUGGUCCUGUAUUACUCCAGGAUGUGCAAUCUCAUGGAGUUUCUGAGACAUGGGGGGGAAAAUACUUGUGUUAAAAGGAUCCUUCCCUUAUUAUCGAACCCAUUGUCGUGUCUGUUUUUUUUUUUGUGUGAUGUCGAGUAAAUUAUGACUAGUGUUUUAUCUUAAAAUCUGUUGUUUUUCCUCUUUUCACUCUGUUGAUGCUCUGCUUCACUGACUUUUAGUUGUAUGGUUAUUGAAAUACAAAAACAAGUUUGUUUUUUUGUUCCUUCAUUAGUUUUGUUGAUGUUGAUUCAAAUUUGAAUGAAAACUAAAUGUCAGACUCAUACUGCAACAUUCCUCUGCUUCUGGAGGAGUGAGCCUCCGCUGGGCAUAAAGGAUUACAGCGUCGGAUACUCGGUGUAUGAACGAGGGAACGAGAACAUCUUUUAUUAAAAGAAGGAAACGGACAUUUAAUAGGAAACAAUAAUCCAGUACGGGUGAGGAUUCUUCUACGUUUUGUUUUAUUCUUUGUUUUUUGAUAUUUUGUAUAGUGUGGUGUGAGCAGAGAACAGUUUAUGGAAUGAAAGUGACUGCUAGCUGAGUUCCCUUUUCCAGCUGGCUGUAGGUGGCGAGGGCUUGAGGUUUUGGAGCACAGAAGUUUGGCUGGACCAGAUUUUUUAUUUUUUUUUUGGAACCUACAUGACUUUUUCAAAAAUGUAUCUAUUAUAAGUCCACUGCCAACAGGCUCUUGUCCUUCCACUCUUUUCUUCAACAUUAAACUUAACAGAUUUUUUUAUUUUCUGUGCUUGUGUAUUCAUUAUCGAAUGUGGAUGUGCACACACAGGCAAAAGUAGUACUCUCCUUUUAUCUCAGAUCUCAUUAAUGGCUCUGUCCUUGAGCACACACACACACACGUGUGCUUUUGAUGUUAACCUAAAGAGCUGGUCCAUUGCCAGGUUCCUGUGUUCCAGCAUCAAGUCUGACUCCCACUUUGGAGCUCACUAGUAGGGAAUGAUUGUAGAAAUUGUACUGUGAUAUUUUUGUAUUCUUCAAAGUGUAGCUUGAUUGGGAAGAAGAUAUAUAAAUAUAUAUGAAUAUAUAAACUGUGCUGAUUGCAAAUGGUUGUAAUCUAGACUAAAGGAAAAUGGAAAAGACAAAAAGCAAUAUUGAAUAUGUAGAGUUUACUUAAUAAAGAUAACUCAAAACACUAA